AUGACCGAGGCAACUUCCACAGGACCUCAGCGGUAUGUCGGCUUUGCACCGGUCGGCAAGUGCGACGGCCUCGGCUCUGGCUUCAACCUUCUUUCCACGACAACAGCGCUGCUGACCGGCUCGCAGCCCUACACGUUCGCGCCCAAGGCUGAGGACUGCAGCGCGUCAGGCGUUGUGUUUGAGGCCUGUCUGUCGAACGACCACACAAUCUCAGCGUCACCGAUCUAUGUCGGCCAGACCGGCGCGCGGGUGACUGUGGCGUGUCCGCUCGUCAACGCCAUCACCGAGCUGCAGCCGUCGACGUUCCUCAACUCGACCCAGCCGACGCUGAAACUUGUGGGUGCGGUGCCGUCGCCGGAGACCUUUGUAGCACUUUCGCUUGACCGCGACUGCUCGAGUGUGUUCGGCAAGACAAAUGUGAUCUCGACAACUACGGUGGCGAUCAACGUGGUCAUUGCGCGACUGCAGCCGCACUACAUCUGCUACUCGACGAGUGGCAUCUCGGGUACGUUUGUGCCACAGACGCUCGUCGAGCUCAAGGUGACGUCGGACCCGGUCGAGUCAUCGCUAGUCUCGAUCUCGCCGCGGAUCAUUGGCGCUGGCACCCAGCCAUCGCUCGAGGUGACCGGUGACAUUUCGUCGACGUCGCAGCUCGGCUUUGACAUCUCGCCCGACUGUGCCGCGCCGGUUGCCGUCACAGCGAUCACAACCGCACCGACGACAACGACGCCGCUUGGCGCGCCCAUCCUUUCUCCGGGCAAGUACUUUGCCUGCUUCCGCAACGACACCGGCGACCUCUGGACGAAACAGAUCGCAUCCGAGGCGCGGCUUGAAGUGGUGGCGGCGCAGCCGGCAUCGAUUGCCACGGUCUCGCCUAGUGCAUUUGGUGCAUCGACUACGCCUGAGCUUCAGAUCUCGGGCCUGGUCGCGACUCCGGACACAUACUUUGCGCUGACCACGUCGACGUGUGAUGCGGCCGUGGCGCUGACCGAGGUUAGUGCCGCGACGCCGAGCCCGGUGAUGCUCGCCAGCGGCGUGGGCGUUGGCAUGUACUCGAUCUGUUACUCGACCAACUACACCACGCUCGCGGACAUGAUUCUCCAGUCGUCGCCCGGUGCUACGGUCAAGGUUGUCGAGGCCACGACGACUUCCAUCACCGCCGUCUCGCAUCCGAGCCUUCCGUUUGGAUCUGAAGCGACGCUGACGUUCUCGGGUGGGGCCGACCUUGUCCCUACUCCGCUUGGCGCUGUGCGCCUUGUGGUCGGCGCGUGCAGCGGUACCGAGGUUGUCACGUUUUCGCUCUCGUCGUCGCUCUCGGUCGAUCUGGGCGCGAUUCCCGAAAUUUUGGAGAACACGUACACUGUCUGCUACUCGGUCGACGGCGUUUCUUCCCUUGCGCAGGUUGGCCAGACGGUGUCGUUCUACAAGGCGACGUUUUUGUCGGCUACGGACUUUGUUCCGAGCAACAUUGGUGCGUCGACAUCGCCGCGGCUGCAGACGACUGCGGCGUUCAACUUGCCUACGGCGUCGCUCGCGCUUGUGCCCUAUAACGGGGACUGCACGUCGGCGAGUCAGCGGGUGGCAACAGUGGUGGUGGGCGCGUCGCCAGGCGCGGUCACGUUCCCGCCGAUCACCCCGGCGCAGACUGCGGCGUACGACGUGUGCGCCAAUGAGGACCCCAGUGUCUCGCGCUCGCCGUGGAUGAAGCAGUCGGGAGCGACCAUUGUGGUGCAUACGGCGGCGACGGGCUCGAUCACGAGCAUUUCGCCGACAGUGGCGGCGAAGGGCCAGAUCAAGCAGUUCUCGUUUGUGCCCGCCACGCCUGUCAUUUCUAUUGUGCCGACACCGUUUGCCUACAUUGCGUUUUCGGCUCAGCAGAUCGACUGCACGCAGCGGGUGGGUGCCAUCAACGUCUCCGAGUCGUUUACCUCUGUGUUCAUGGACGACGUCAUUUCGACGACGGGUACCUACCAAGUCUGCUUCUCGGUGGACAACCAGGUGACGUGGACGCAGCAAAGUGGCGUGUCGCUUGACAUCAUCGAGGCGACCCAGGCUUCUGUGGCGUCUCUGACGCCGACAGUGGUUGGUUUUGGCACCACGCCGCGGUUCUCCGGCCUGGAUCAGCUGCGGGUGACGAGCGACUCGUUUGUCUUCCUCUCUACUGCCUCGGACUGCUCAACGACUGCAGAGACGAUCCCGGUUGUCGUACCGGACGGCAACAACACGAUGCCCGCCUCUGCUCCGCUGUCGAACGCCGGUGAGUUCUUUGUGUGCUACACGGUGGACAACUUCCAGACCCGUGUUCUACAGACGUCUGCGACCAAGAUCAACAUCAUCCAGGCGCAGGCGACGUCGAUUACGUCGGUCACGCCGGUCAUUGGCGCCAAUCAUGCAUCGGUGCAGGUGGCAUUUGCGGGCGUGGCCGACUUUUUGCCGUCGGACGACUCGCGUGUUGCGUUUGUGCUCUCGGGUGCGUCGUGCUCGUCACCGGCAGCGCGGCGCGGCGAAACGCUCUACUCUCCGUCAAACGUGGUGGGCGGCAAGGUUGCUCUGGCGACCGCAAUGACUGUUCCUGGCCUGUACGAGGUCUGCUACACGGUCGACGACGGUGCCAGCUGGGUGCAGCAGACUACGACGGGUGUGGUGAUGCGGGUCAUCGCGCCGACGUCUGAAGACGUGCUCUCGAUUGCGCCAGGCACGGUCUCUGUCGGUGUUCCGAUUACGUUCGACAUUGGCCUCAACGCGACGUCGGUCUCGGCUGUGCCGUCACCGUCGUCGUACAUUGCCAUCGGCGACACGAGUGGCAACUGCUCGACGGUGCUUGCCCCGGCGGCGCUCACCGCCCUGCCCGCCAAGUACAGCGUGGCGUCGGGCUUCACCGAUCCGGGCAUGUACCCUGUGUGCUGGUCGACAGACGGCGGGUCGACAUACGAGGUUCAGGGCGAUGUGGAGCUCGAGGUGGUGCUGACCUCAAACACAACGGUGACUGCGCUCUCGGUCUCGCGCAUCGGCGAGGGCGAGGCCACGCCGAUCGAGCUUGUGGGCGCGGUGUCGACGCCCAAGACCCUUGCUGCGUUUAUUCCGAUGGGGCAGAGCUGCAAGCCGAGCCCGCCGUCGUCAGUGGCGCUUACGUCGUCUACGAUCAUUCCUUCGCUCUCGCUCGGCCUCACACCUGGCGUGUACAAGCUGUGCUACUCGACAGACGCAAGCGUGUGGACGGAGCAAAUUCUGGUCCAGCUGGAGGUUGUGUCGUGUCUUCCUGCCACCACUUGUUCGGGUUGUCACGCCCGUGAGUCCGGCAAGUGCACAUGGUGCCAAGGCGACUCAACGUGUCGGGCCAUCAACACGGCGCCGGUCUGCACACAGCAGGUGCUCAACGCCACUGUUGGUUGCCCGACGCUCGAGCCUAGCACUGACCUCGCGGGCUCACUUGCGGGCCGCACCCCGAUCCCAAUGGUGUCGCAGUUUGACUUUCCGACGCCGAUCGAGGCGUACACGUGCGAGUUUACGCUUACAGACUCGUCGUCGGUCUUUGUGACCAACGCCUCGUCUACAGCGGACCCCAAGGUGAUCAACUGCAUCUCAGGUUCUGUGUCUGAGGCAGGGCGGGCCAGCGUUGUGCUCAAGUUCCUGGGCCAGCCGUACACAGAUGGCUCUGUGGUGCUGUUCCGGUACUACGACUGUGCGGCGUCGUCAUGCGACGCGUGCUUCUCGUCGAGCAAGCCCGAGUGUGGAUACUGCUUUGGUGAUGCGUUCUGUGGGACGCAGUUUGAGUGCACCGAGGGUGCGACUACGGUGUCGCCGCUCUGGUCGCAAGACGCGUGCUCGGAGAUCAGCAACAUCAACCCGGUGUCGGGCUCGCCCGACGGCGGGGACCUUAUCACCGUGACCGGCACCAACUUUGCCGAGGGCGUCAACUACGGCUGCGUUUUCUCGACAACGCAGUACAACGAGUCGACGUGGAACUCGCAGACUGAGGUGGUGUGCACCUCGCCGCCGGCCGACGUCGGCUCUGUCUUCCAGUUCUCACUGUCGUAUCGCGACACGGGCCUGCCGUACACGACGGGAUCUGCCGUGUACACGGUUGUGGGUGCAGACGCGGCGCCGUCGCCGUCUCCGUCGUUUGUAACGUCGCCGCUAGCCAUUGGCGGCGGUGUCCUCAUUCUGUGCAUUCUCGCGAUUGUCAUUGCGGUUGUCAUCCUGCUUGUGACACGGCGCGGCAACGACGGGGUGGAAGUGCCCAAGCUGACACCUGCGCUGCUGCGCGAGACGAUCUUUGGCAAGGGCCUCUCGAACCCGCAGGACGCGCGGACGUUCCUGGCUCACAUUGGGCCCUUUAUGGACAUUCUGAAGGAGGAGAACAGGCAAGCCAUCUUUGCUGUGUGCGACGUGACGCAGGCGACCGAGGCCGAUGACAUUUCCAAGGCUAUGAUCUACGUCUUUGAGCGCGACAACCAUACGGUGGCGGUGCUCUCGGCCUUUGUGCGGAAGGAGAUCAAGGCUGCGAUUUCGCAGUCGACCAUGUUCCGGACCAACUCGUUUGCGACCAAGAUGUUCAAGGCUUACUCCAAGAUGGUGGGUCUCCCAUACCUGCACGCAACGCUUGCGGUGCUCAUCAAUCGCAUUAUGGUGCAGGAGGGCGAGAACAUCGGGUCGUUCCGGUCGGCGGCUGGUGCAACGGACGCCAACCGGUCCAAGUUCACGCUCCUCACCUCGUGCCAGAAGAUCUUUAACGCCAUUGUGCGGUCGGAGAAGAACAUCCCCGUCCAAUUCCGACAGAUCUUUGCUGUUGUUCGCGAGUGCAUCCGCGAGGAGUUCCCCAUCAAGAUGGAGAACCUUGCGGCAGUGGUCUCGUCGCAGAUGCUUAACGGCCUGCACUCGACGCGUGAGGCGUACGAGGAGGGUGUCGACUCGUUCCAGAACCUUGAGUUUAUGGACGAGCACGUGACGGAUGAUCUCGAGCAGCUCAAGCACGUCAUUGCACCCGUGCAGAGCCUCGUGCAGACGUUUGCGUCAACGGUGCAGACGCUCUCCGUCCAGCUCAAGAAGAUGAUGACGGCGUGCGAGUCGCUCGAGGGUGCGCUCGACCCGACGUCGCCGGCGGCGCGCCGGCUGCUCGAAGAGCACACCAACUCGCAGAACUCGAUCGCCGUCGGAGGCUUCUUCUUCCUCCGCUUCCUCGUCCCGGCCAUUACCGCCCCCGAGUCGUACGUCCUCGUCUCUGAGGCCCCGCUGCCCGACGAGCGCCGCGCGCUCAUCAUGGUUGGCAAGGUCCUCCAGAACCUGUCCAACAACAAGGAGUUUGGCGGCAAGGAGCAGCAUAUGCAGCAGCUCAACGACUUUAUCUUCUCCAACAAGAACGAAGUCAACGCCCUCUUUGAGCGGCUGUGCAAGAUGGACGUCUUUGUCGCACCGCCGCCCGUCGAGAUCCCCAAGAAGCACUUUGAGGCAGCCCAGCUCAAGCUCUUCCUCCACACCAAGCGCAACCUGCUCAAGGUUGUCAACGACCUCCUUGAGUCUAAGGAAGGCACACCCGCCGACAUCGUCUCGCUCCGUCAGCAGACCGCUGGUAACCUCGUCGCCACCAUUGAGUCGAUCGUCUCACGCUGCUCCCCGGGCGGCUCCCUCUCUCCCGAGGACGCCUCGCUCUUUGACCAGGCCCGUACCCGCGUCAUCUCGGCCAUGUCUGGCGCUCGCUCAGUGGUCCAGGGCGCCGCCGCAAGCUCGUCGUCCUCGUCCUCGUCUGACGAUAACGGCCCGCCCGGCACGCCCGAGACCCUCGUCAACCCGUCGCCGCUGUCCCAGGCGGCCCACGGCACCGACGCCGACGGCGGCAUCGAGCUCACGGCGCUGUAG